AUGGUCGGCAUCAAGCAACUUGGAAUUAUUGCUGCCUUCUUGGCCAGUAGCCAGGUUCUGGCCAACCCCGUUGAUUCUUCCGAGGAUCUCGACGCUAGGGACUUCGAUGAUGAAGCUGUCGAACAUCUAGCCGUUCGGAGCCUGGGCCUCCUCGCCCCCCUCGUCCUGACGAGAGGAGGAGAAAAGGUCGACGAGAUCUAUCUGAACGCCGCUAUGAUCCGGAUAACACGGGUAUUGUCCCCCCUAAGCCUGGGCCUCCUCGUCCUCCUCGUCCUGAUGAGAGGAGGAGAAAAGGUCGACGUGAUCUAUCUGAACGGAGAUAUGAUCCGGACAACACCGGCAUAG